AUGCGUUACCUAGUGCUAGCCUUAUUAAGUGAACCCACCGUUAUUUACAAAUUGAAAAAUAUCGAGUGCUCAACAGUUCCUGGUUAUUCGGCCAAUGCUUCAUGUUUUAUAAAGGCUAUCAAUUGGAACAAGGCAGUGGCCCAAAUGGAUGUGGAUCUCGUAAAACCUUUAUAUAAUAUAACAGUUCAGUUUCAAGUCUUCAAAAGGGACUAUAGUAAUAAGUACCAGCCGUUUCUUGUGAAUGUUAUCUUGAAAGUCUGCGAUAUAUUAUCAAAACGAAACUUUAUGCCUUAUGGGGUUAUGAUUCUUAAAACUGCAAAGCAAUUCUCAAACUUUAAUCAUAGCUGCCCUUUUGCCGGACAUUUAUUUGCACGUGACGCCUAUCUAAAUGAAUCGGUUUUCCCGAACUUUUUUCCUUUGGGCCUCUAUAAAGCGAACGUAACCAUAAUGGAAAGCUACGAAAAGUUACCAACGGCUCACGUUGGGGGUAUUGUUUGGUAUAUUCAGGCCAUGUAUCCCAUCCAGACAAAGAAAAAUCCAAAGCCGCGACCUUUCUCCUCAUAG